UUCCGCGCACCUUCUUCUUCCUCUUCUCCGGCAACGCUCCACGGCGGCGGCGGUGAGGGAUGUCCAGCUCCGCUUCUGGCUCCCAGAAGUCAUGGUCGUGUUAUGGAGAAGUCCCAAUGACUAGAUGGCUGGACUGCCCUCGCCUAGAUCUAUUGAAGCGCUUGACAUGUGUGCGCUCGAUGAGGGGCAAUGUCGGUCGAGAAUUUGUCAAAUGCGAGAGCGCCCUGCAUCGUUGGAAGGAUGGGAAGGAUUUGAAGGAAUGCAGCCAUUUUGAGUGGAUGGAUAAGUACAUUAGGGAUCGAGGGUUUCUAGUUGAAGUGUUACCUCCAAUUCAGGGGCUUCCAAUUCAGGCGGCUCCCAUCUCGACUACUGUGGAGGAAGAGAUCUCAAACGGGCACAGAGUCAAUCGUCCAUUGGAGGAUUUUUUGGUGAAGAGGGAGUUGCAGAAAUUGAACAAGCAGUUGAGCCAGAUUGUGGAAUUGAAAAAGCGGUCAAACAUGAUGGCCGAAGCAUUUUAUGUUUUUUUUUGGUGACAUUGCUUAUUUGGUGUUUCUUUCUCG